CGGGGCUGCGGGAACACAAUGGGGCCCUGAGGAGCGCGGCUGCUGCCGGCUGAGGAAACGGCUGCCGGCUUCCUCCGCCCAGCCCUCUCUCCCGGCCCCCGCGGCUCGCACGGCCCGGAGACCAUGGGCAUGUCUUCGGAGGAGGAGCGCGCUCUCAGCCCCAGAGAUGAGGAGUGGCCAGAAGUGGAGAAGGCUGAGAAGUUGGCGAGAGGAGCCGCCCUGAAAUGGGCUUCAGGGGUGUUUUACCGCCCCGAGAAACUGGAGGGGCUCGGGCAGUACCGGAGCCGAGAGACGCAGAGGAACAGCUCCAUCCAGUCCCGGCUGAAGUCAACUGUCCAGUCCUACCUGGAGGGGGUAGGUGCGGGGCUGGAGCAGCUGCGGUCGGCGGCCCAGGAGGUGCAGAGCGUGUGCCAGGACCUGGGGGCAGCGCGCUGGGCCCUGCUGGACAGCAUGGACCGUUUCCAGGGCCUCCAGCAGAUGCGGGCGCUGAUGGCGGAGCACGUGCAGCUGGCCUCGGUGGUCCAGGUGCUGCCCCAGCUCUUCUCGGUCCAAGAGGUAUUUUCCCAUACCCUCCAGCUGCUUCAUGGGCAGCACCUCCUGGAGGCCCACGCGGAGCUCAUGAUGAUGGAGCACCUCCGGGAUGACAUCCUCUCCCAGCUGCACCUCCGAGGGCUCUCCAGUGCCCAGACGACUGUGCUGUCCUACUUUGGUGGCCUGCAGGAGCUCAACGAGAGCCUGGCCAAGCAGCUGUGGGACAUCGUGGGCAACAGCCUGCAGCUGGUGCGUGAGGACCCAGUUCUCUUUGUCACUGCUGUAAGGAUCAUCGAGAGGGAGGAGAAAAUAGAUGAUACUCUGCUCCUGGAGGCCACCUUCCUGCCCCCCGGCCGCCCAAAGGGCUGGAAGCAGAAGUUUUACCAGGUUCUCCAGGAGGCAAUCACAGGAGCCCGCUUUCAUGCCACCGGUGUGGAUGCUGAGGGGCCAGGGCUGGCCAGGCAUCUGGCAACACUGCAGAAGAACAUCGUGUCUGAGCUGCGUGUGGUGAAGGAUCUGAUGGUCCAGUGUGUCCCAGCUCACUACAACAUCCUCAGCGUGUGCACCACCACGUACCACCAAGCCCUCACCAGCCACCUCCAGGACAUCCUCCGAGAAGACCUGGACAAACAGGCGCUGUUCCUCCUGCUUGAGUGGGCGCUUCGUGUGUACCACAGUCCAGAGAUGAUGGGUCACCCUGACCUUAUCCCAGAAGUGGACGUUUCUUCUCUGGGCCCCUUGAUGUCCCCUGAGCUGGUGGAUCAGACAGAGAGGAAAUACGUGGUGAAAGUCAAGGCCAGCGUGCUCGAGUGGCUGCAAAGGACCCUGGAGGUGGAGUUCAAGGAGUGGUUCAGGGAAGAGGAACCUGAGAGAGACCAUCAGGGCUUCUUCCAGUCAGCCUUGCCUGUCAUUGUCAUGCAGAUGCUGAGUGAGAAUAUCCGGGUCGCCUCCUUGAUCACGGACUCUCUGCAGCAGAAGGUCUACACCAUGGCCUUGGAGGAGCUUGAGGCAUUUCUGGGCCGCCUGAGGGAAGCCCUGGUGCAGUGUGGCAAGGAGCACCAGAAGGACCGUACCGUCCCCAAGUACUAUGUCUCCUACCUGCUGGCCAUGCUCAACAACAACCUGACUCUCAGCUCCUCUGUCUCCUCCCUGCACCCUGACACUGCCCGCAGAGAAGUCCCCGCGUCCCUCCGGGCCGCUCUGGAUAGGACACAAAAGAAAACCUGCCAGCUGCUGCUGGAGGAGCUGCUCCUGGACCUGCAGCCCCUCUGCCUGCAGCUGCCUUCCCGCAAGUGGCUCUCGGGCUCCCAGCUCGUCAGCAGCAUGUGUGAAGUGAUCGACAAGUACGCAAAGGACUUCUCCCACGUCAGGAAACCCGUCUUCACGCUCCUGCUGAUGGAGAGCGAGCUCCUGGUGGCCAGCCAGUACCUGCGGGCCCUCAUGCAGAAGAAGAUGGUGUGCAAGAGCAAGGAAGAGCGGGGCCAGCUCUGUGACCGUCUGCUGCAGGACGCCACGCAGCUGCGGGAGCUCUUCUGUGGCCUGGGCCUGGACGGGAGCCAGCAGAGCCUGGAGGCCGUGUUUGCCCUGCGGGAGCUCAUCUGCCUCCAAGACCCAGCGCUGCUCAGCCUGGAGGUGCUGGGCUUCAUCACCAAGUACCCCGAUGUCAGCGACGAGCACAUCUCCACCUUGCUGGACCUGCGGGGGGACGUCUCCAAGGAGGUGCGACACAUGGUGCUGGAAAUGAUGGCGCAGCACCCCCAGGUCCUGCCCGAGAGCUACCGGCCCAUCUUCAGCACCAUCCUGGUCCCUGCACCCGAGCUGCCCUUCUGCCUUCGCAAGGGCAAGUGUGCCUGACGCUGCGCCCCACAGCCCGCUCCCCCCACGGAUUUAGGGGCCAUGCAGGACCUCUCUGAGGCUGUGUGUGGGGAGAACGGAGGUGAUGCACGGCAGCCCCGUGCCCAGCACCUCACCCCGUGCUGGGGACAGUCCGGGUACGUGCCAUCCUCCUCUGGGCCUGCCUCGGUGAGCUGAGUGUCCCCUGCAAGUGCCAGCUGGAGACCUGGGUCAGGAGAAGAUCAACCCACGGCUAUUCUGCUGGCCUGCAGAGAUACUUGGCUUUCCCCUGGUAUCCAGACAGCCUUUGGAGCCAGGGUGUCCUGGUCAUGGAGCCUGGUAUCACCCCAGAGCCCUGCUCCACCUGGGCUGGCAGGAGGGUUUUAGCCAUGGAAAGCCUUUUCUGCUUUGGAUCAGCCCAGAGGUCUGGUGGGGCUGCUCCACCAGCCUGGGCUCUGUAUGGACAGUGGAGAGCAGCUCAGCCACCUCCUCACGGCUGCAGCGAAGGGGGUCUCAUCCUGGGUGGUGCCAUCAACCCUGUCCCUGCUGGCGUGAAGGGACAGCUCAGAGUUCUGCUGAUCUACCCAGCUUCUUGCCCUCCUCCAAGACAGGACUGGAGUCCAAGACUCUCCAGCCUCUUUGAGAGCACGAACUGAGUUGUGCCUGUUGUGUUGAGCAUCCUCCUGGCCCCCUUUCUUUGCCUCCAUCCUCUGCCGCUCUCCAGCCCUUGGUCAUCUCCACGUGAGGAUGAGGAGCAAAGCCUUUCUCUGUGCCUGCGUCCUUGUGCCCAGCCCCUGCAGCACUGUGGGAGGCCGCCACGCUCUGCCACACUCCCUGCCUCCUGGUGGGCCCCAUCCUGCCGUCCUCGCGUGGUGCUGCUGCCAGAAAUAAAGGCCUGAGCUCUGUGAUGAUGCACCA